CAUGCGUCCAUUUAUAGCCUCUCGGCUGCGAACAAUCCUGUUAGGAGAUUUAAAAGUUGCUCCUGCUGGACACCAGCAUGCGCACGCUCGUCUCCCUCGCAGGCUCGGUGCUGGUUCUGGUGACUCGCCAGUGGCGGCCCGCCUCCUCCUCCUCCGGUUCCGUUUGAACGAAGCUGUCAGUCCGCCGCCAGAAGAGAGCAGAACGAACUCCGCGUCUCGGCAGAGGAGACCACCGGAAUCACAGACACGCUGACAUUGAAACGACUAGAUGGAUCUCUGACGCUGUCAGUUUUCACUGAGCGAACAUUUGGAUUUUUUUUUUUCUUUUAUUGAAUUAUUUUUUAACAGACAUUUCAGUAUCAUUUUGACGCGUCUUGGUGGCACGAUAAAGCGCACGGCUUUGCAUGUGAAGACUCCAUAUCCAGGUCACAGUGCUUGUUUACAGCUCAGAAAACCGGAAGUGCUCCGAGGACCCUGUAGGUGUCGAGAGAGCUGCUACGGUCGAUGACAUUAUUCUGCGGCUGAGGAUGCUAGUGAAGACCGUUACCAGAGGACACCCGGGAUGCUCCUGCAGGUCCAGUGCCUAGAUUACAGAGGUGACUGGCUUCAGGCAAUUAAAGGACAGUGGGAGAAACAAUAAAUCAAGUACCAGGAUGAUGUUGCCUGUGCAAAGCAUCUCAAGCAGCCCCAUAAUGAUGGCAUCUCUGAAGCACCGCCACAUGCACUCGAGCAGCAAGCCUGAAUGAAGAGAUUGAUAGAGGCUUCAUUGGCAUGUGCGGUUCAUCCAUGACCGAAGAGGAAAAGGAUAAGUGGAUCCUUGUUGGCAGUGAAAACUGUUGAAAUACCAACUGAUCCUUCAAGCCAGUGCUGAGCUGAAGCAGCGUUGCCCGUCUUACUUUUCGACCCUCUAAAGGACUAUCAGAGAAGCACCAAUGGCCUGCUGCUCACACGGGGUGAAGAGUGCCUUGUUUUGGUCGGUCACCAUCGUAUGUCUGAUUCAGAUGGGCGGAGUCGAUGGGGACUGCUGGUUGAUCGAAGGAGAAAAGGGCUUUGUUUGGCUUGCAAUUUGUAGCCAAAACCAACCUCCUUACGAGGCCAUCCCGCAGCACAUCAACAGCACCAUUGUGGACCUCCGACUGAAUGAAAACAAAAUCAAAAGCAUCCACUAUUCUUCCCUGAGCCGCUUUGCCAACCUGACCUACCUGAACCUGACCAAGAAUGAUAUAUCGUACAUCGAGGACGGGGCUUUUUCUGCCCAGUUCAAUUUACAAGUACUUCAGAUGGGCUUCAAUAAGUUAAGGAAUCUCACCGAAGGGGUCCUCAGGGGGUUAGGAAAGCUGCAGUACCUCUACCUCCAGGCAAACUUGAUUGAGACUGUGACACCCAAUGCCUUUUGGGAAUGCCCCAACAUUGAGAACAUUGAUCUCUCCAUGAACAGAAUUCAGCAGUUAGAUGGGUCGACGUUUACCAGUUUGACUAAACUCACGACCUGUGAGCUCUACACGAACCCCUUCAACUGCUCCUGUGAAUUGCUCGGUUUUGUCAAAUGGCUUUCCGUUUUUCCAAACAGAACCAACGAGAGAAUGGUCUGUGACUCUCCACCUGGUGUUUCUGGUUUUAGCUUGCUGAGUCAGAAUCCGAACAAUCCCACGUACCGAAACGCUCUGCACAUGCUGACCACGGUGUGUACCGACGACGAUGCUACGCCCUUUUUCCCUCUGCCCCCCGAGCCAACAACACUUCCCCCGGACGUGACAUUUUGCGAUGACUGUCCCUCAGGCACGGAGCCGGAAGACAUUACCAUCAAUACAGUCUUCAAUGAAGUAGUCGAGGUGAAUCCGGUGAUGAAACUGAAGCAAGUGACGAACAACGGCGCAACAAUCACGGUUCAGAUCCCGCAUCCUUUCAAAAAAAUGUACAUCCUGGUUUUGUACAACAACAGCUUUUUCACGGAUAUUCGAAACCUGAGAGACAUAAAGGAAGACAUUGAAUUAAAGGACCUGAAACCACACACCAACUACACGUACUGUGUGGCCUCGAUCCGGAACUCUCUCAGACGCAACCACACUUGUCUGAAACUCACCACUGGACCUCAGAAUGGAAAGGACAGGAUUGUAAACAAUGCAACUGCCACUCACUACAUCAUGACAAUCCUCGGCUGCCUCUUCAGCAUGGUGGUUUUCCUGGGGGUGGUCUACUACUGCUUGAGGCGGAAGCGUCAGCAGGACGAAAAGCACAAAAAGACGGAAAGCCUGAAGAAAAAUAUCAUGGAACUUAAAUACGGCCAAGACAUGGACGGUGGGACACUUUCGCGAAUGUCUCAGAAGCAGCUGUUAGCGGGCGAGAGCAUGGCGCGCAUGCCAUACUUACCGUCAGCAAGUGAGAUGGAGCAGUACAAAUUUCAGGAAAUGAGCGAAACCCCAAAAAUGAUGAAAGGCAACUACAUGGAGGUGCGAAGUAUGGACCAUCAUGAACGCAGGGAAUGUGAGAUGGGAAUGCCGGGAAACAGCCAAGGAUCUGUGGCAGAGAUCUGCACCAUCGCAAAGGAAGUGGACAAAGUGAAUCAGAUCAUCAAUAACUGUAUCGAUGCCCUAAAAUCGGAAUCCACGUCUUUCCAAGGGGGGAAAUCCGGAGCGGUGUCCAACGCAGAGCCCCAGCUGAUGCUGAUAUCGGAGCAUCCCCAUCAACAUAAUAAAUCCAAUCUGCUGUCCCCCGUCUACCCGGACAGCUACCACCACUCACUGCAGAGACACAGAAGCUCCGAUGCCUCACCCAAGAGGCCAAGCACCGCCACAGGAGGGCCAAUGAGAAGCCCCAGGCCUUACCGUUCUGAAUCCAAGUAUAUAGAGAAAUCUUCCCCGACAGGAGAGACCAUCCUCACUGUUUCCCCGGCCGCCGCCAUCCUGAGGGCCGAGGCAGAGAAAAUCCGUCAGUACAGUGACCAUCGCCACUCAUACCCUGACGCGCAGAUCGAGGAGCUUGAAGGACCCGACGGCCACAAGUCCUCCAUGCUGGAGCCACUCACUCACUCUCGCUCUAGAGACUUAGCGUAUUCUCAGCUGCCAUCCCAGUAUCACAAUUUGAGCUACUCGUCCAGUCCCGAAUACUACUGCAAACCAUCGCACAGCAUCUGGGAGCGUUUCAAACUUCACCGGAAGCGCCACAAAGAUGACGAGUACAUGGCUGCAGGCCACGCGCUGAGGAAGAAAGUUCAGUUUGCAAAGGAUGAGGACCUGCAUGAUAUUUUAGACUACUGGAAAGGCGUGUCAUCCCAACAUAAAUCCUAACCUCUUUAGGGUGUUUUUAAUGGACCACGUAUCCCAGAAGUGGCGCCAGAACCUCACUGGUCAGUGGAUACUUCCGGAUAAGAAUCACGACUCACUCAUAUGUGCUACGUUCCCUUAUGACUGUGAGGAAAAUGGUCUGCAGAAUCUUUAAAUUUGUCGUAUUAUGUAACGCCUUUGACGGCAAUUUAUCCAUGAAGAAGAGAAAAUAUCACAGAUGAAUAAUAUAUAUGUUACAAUGGAUUAUAGGUUUUGGGUAUCGCAUGGCCAAGUCCUGUGACAGUGGAUUUGCUGUUGUGUAAUAUGAAACAACUAUAUGAAGAUAUGUCUAUUGAAACUGUGGAUAUUUUUCGACGAACUAUCUGCACCGUUCAGACAGAAUGAAGACUUUUUUUUUUCUUGUUCCUCGCGUAUAUUUAAAUGAAAUGGAAAUUAUGUACAGAUACGAUUUUCUAUAUUUGCAAUGUCUGCUGUGUACAUGGAAAAGUGGUGGUGAAUAAAUCAGGUUUAUCAAAACGGAGCACUGUUCCUCAAAAUUAUACUGAAGCUAAAAGAUACAGCAUGUGCUGCUAUAAACCUGCCAGAACAUUUCAAACUUCUCUCACCUUUAUUUUGUAUUUCUCAUGGUAGAUAAUGUUUUCAACGUUCACUCGCUUUCAUGAAAAAUCAUUUGUAUCUUUGUUACCAAAGUAGAACAAUAUGAAGUGUUUACAAUAAUUCUGCACAGUCUGGGAAUUGUAUGAUCAUAAUGCAGUGGGUUUUUUUUCCCCCUCUCUUUUUUUUUUUUAAGUUAUGAAUAAAGAAAUCUGGAAACACAUAUAUAACAUUCAGAAUAUGGCAUCUACUCAGACUCAAUUGCGUUUAAAACCACAAGAAGAAGACACUGUUUUGUCAGCUGCACUGCAGAGCCCGAUACAUGAAUGUAACAGAUACACAUUCUGACACGUCUAUGGCAGCUUUUGUUUAUGUUCCUGUUCCUCCCAGUCUAUUUACAGCCGUGUCACUUCUUUUACUUCGGUUUCUUCCAGUGUAUAAUACUGCAUAAUGCCUAAUCCGAUUAAUCCUGGAGGUAGUAGGACCUUGUUGCUUGCUGCAUCUUACGUUCAACUGCGUGGCUGUUCAAUCUUUUUGUAUAUUAUGAACAAUAAGUACCGGGCGAAUAUCAACAUGCUAGACUAAAAUUUGAGAAUGUGAAACGGAAUCCUCUGACUCACUGGCUGUGAAUUUGUAAUAUCUUAUUUUGUUUUCUAUUUGUAGUAAAUAAACUAUAACAUGUUUUGUCUUUGCAAGUACAGUGCGGAAACUUACAGUACUGCUUUCAUGCCGGCUCAUCGAUGGUUAAUAGUGGAGUAAUGAAUGAGCAGUGCUCCUUUCAUCAGCUAAAUAAUUGCAUUUGUGCAGUUCAAUGAAUGUCAAUUUAUCACUCAAGCGACACAUUAUCUGAGCUCAUGAUCAUAAUUUUAUUUGAGAUCACAGUCAUCCGUCUCCAUUUUAUCAGACACUGCACCUUUUCCUUCCAUGAAAAUCGUAUAAGAGGAAGUGAUGUGCGACUGACCGUUACGUUGUCAAAUAAUCGUGGGAUGGGGCCGAACAUAAAAUGCAUUUACCGCCAUGUUUUUCCGUCAGAAGGGUGGAAGAUUCAAGAUGGGUGAACGUCACUUUUGUCACACAGACACACUCUUCUUAUGUCUGUCGGAAUUAUCCAGCCGCCUCAAUGGUGUAGUGUGACUUCAAUGGCUAGAGUUAGUUUACUUAUUGUCAUGGACGAUUCUUGAAAUAUACAUUGUGAAUAUGUCACAAUUCAGAUGAACAAAUAUGUAAAGAAUCUCAAUCUUUUUUUUUUUACUUAUUUUUUUUUUAAACUUACAGCAGUCACCACAACGCCAACAAGGGCCGAUCGCUCACAGUGGUCCAGGUGACUGCUCAGAGAGUUUGUGUUUUUGCUCAGACUCAUGAAAAAUGAGAAUGGUCCGGGAUCAAUCCACCGUCUCCACCAGAACCUCAUUGUCUUCCCUAGUCACCCCUACCUCUUCACGUCCUCCUCUGCUGGGUCCAUGAACAUAACUGAUCGUCUUCAGCUCCUUUUGCUGGGUACUAAUAUGUCUAACAGUCUUUGUCCAACAUGACUUUCCUCUCCCAACGUAUCCCAACCAUCUGAGUCCUUAACUUUGCGACAAAACCUGCGCUGUCCAUCUGAUAUACCAUUCUAGUCUUGUCCCUCCUAGUCAUUCCCAAAGAAAGCCCAAGUAUCUUCAACUUCACAGCUUCUAACUCUACUUCCGAGGAUGUUAUAUCAAAUACACACUGGAUAUAUUCGGACCUUUACCUUGGAAGCUUUACAUCAAUUCAAAGGUGCAGAAGCCACACUGAUAUAUAGUGACCAUGCUUGAUAGUGGGUCUGCGUCUCACUGUGUACACAUGGAUAGUGUACACAGCCCUGCCAUCAUGGCUUCUCAAUCUGAUCCACAGAAUAGCCGCAGGUUUUUGUCUCAACCAAAAAAGCAGCACCAGACUGACAAGUAACCGACUAUUGUUGCGGACACCAGUUUGGUGAAACAAUAUGUUCUUUAUUUUAGUGACAAUGGAAGCCCCAUUUUAACCUGGAACUAGAAAGCACUGUAAACUCAAGCACACAAUACAAUAAACAAAAUGAGGACAUUUUGAGGACACCGAUACAAGCAGAACCCUUUCCGUCUCAGGUUGUCCCUCCUUGGUGACUCCACCUGUUCCACCCUACCUGCACUCUCUUCUCCACCUCCCCUGAUCGCUGACCAUUACUCUACGUCCCAGAAAUUUCACAGCAUCUUUGCUGUUCCUCCUGACUGCCUCACACUUUAAACACAGUCUUCACUCCAUCUACUAAAAAAAUAAAUUUAAAAAAUUAAUAAAAUCUUCCUGAAUCUGUUUCGAUAAAUGAAUGACAACUCGGAUGAUCACAGCAUUUUUUGCCCCAGAUUCUUAAAGGAUGCCCAGCUGGCCAGGCGUACCAUCAUUUAUUUAAAAAUCAUAUGCACAUCUUUCAGGAAGAGAUCGUUAAACCAGGUCCUCAUUGUCACAUUUCUGCUUCUGUCUAAUGUGGGUCAUGCACGGCGCCGUUAUUACUCAUUUAUGUGCUAUGAACCAUUCAUGAGCCUGAUUGGAAAGCGUUAUGUAAGCACGCUGUGAAGUGUUAACAUGGUUGUCUGACUUAAUAUUUCAACCGCCUUAAAAAUUUCAAGAUAUGUGUACAAGUGUAAAUUCUACUUUGUUUAUGAUACUGUUACGUUCCAUUUGUUGUUAUUUUUAUAAAUAUAAAUACAUAUAAAGGGUUUCAACAUUAAUCUGUCAGGUUUAUUUAGUAAUUUAGUGGGUUUAUUAAUUUGUUUUUUUUUUUUGGUUUUGUUUUUAUACCGCGUACUGUAGCACUAGUGUAUAAUAAGAGUUUGAAGUGGUGAGAAACUUCUAGGAAGAAAAACAGUUGUUAUUCAAGUGCAUCAAAAUAAUGAAGAGCACAAACGUGUAUUUCAUUUUUUUAAUUGGUUCUUUUUCUUAAUACUAUGUUAUCUGCUUUCAGACAAAGUACUGUGAAAUAAA